AUGGCGGUGCCACCUUUGCGACUUAUGUCCGCAUUUAUGUGGCAAGUAAUUCAGACUCGUAACGUAACGCACUAUGGCAAACUGGAGCAGUUUGUGAGGUUGGUGGCAGAGACGGUGCCGGAGCUGAUGAGUCAAAAUCAAAUGAACAAACUGUCUGUCGAAUUGCGAAAAAGGGUGAUAUUGGAGCUCUGUCAUAAAGAUGAAUCAUUUAACCCCAUGAUUAUUCAAGCGCACUUGGACACACUUCACAAACUCAUAGGUAAGGAUGAAGACAGCGUAAUUCAUUAUAACUUCAUAAAACUGGUCCGUAGCAUGCUGACAAAUCCCACGAAAAGAGAAGACUUCUUUAAGAACACUUUUCCCAUAGAGUAUGGGUCUGGUUAUGAUGCUGCACUGCAGGAGCUGUCAUGGGAAUUCCUCUCAAAAGUAGAGGAGUUGCUAUUAGUACCAAACCUCAGAGAGACUGCCUCACGGCUCUAUGACGCUGCCUCUGCUGUGGAGGACAUCGUACAGCCUCUGUCAGACCCUGCAGAUCUGAAGGAUCUGCUCCAACACUGCAAAUCCAUUCGUCGUACUCAACAGAAUGUGCCCUCUGUGAUUUAUUUGUCUGCCCCAUCUCUGGAGGGGGAGCUGAUUGCCUUUGAGCCUGCCAGCUGUGGACAGUCUGAUUCUGAACAAAUCACCACCAAUAUAAUGAGUCCAGGGGGCUGCAGUGAUGCUGGAGACUGUGAGCCAUUCACAGAAAACAUAGAGUUUGCUACGAUUUGUAGUGCUGGAGAAAGAGAAGACAGCGGGGAAAACAAUCCCGCCUGUGAAGAACAGAAUCUCCAAAUCCACCUGACGGAGGGAGCCACCGAAGAGAUAGCGGAAAUACAGACUGUAUCGGAAGAAACAACGCAGCUUGAAGUACAACAACAGGCUGUGAGCCUGGUCUCCAGUCCAGUUACCACAGCGAUUCCUUCCUCUUCAUCGUCAGUAACGACGCCAGUUGCCACCAUUGUUCAGAUUGGUAAUCCACCAGUGAGGCAGGUAAGCCUGGAGCAGUGGAUCUCUGAAAUUGCCGGAACCAUCAUCUCUCUGCCUGUCCUGCCGCCACCUCCUGACAGCGACACGGGAAAGAGGAUUUUCUCUGGUGACAUGUGUCUGGGACAGAAUGUAGAGAUCUCUGAUGAAGGGACCACCCAUGAAAAGGCUGUUAUUCGCAGGAAGACUAAGUCUCCACAAACAUCCGAUUUUUCUCUGGAGUCUCAAAUAGUUGCUGAGUCUGAGACAACGCAGGAGAUCCAGGGAAAGCACACGUGUACAGAAUGUGGGAAGGAAUUUCGAUAUGGCUGUUUGUUGAAAGAUCAUUUGCGCACUCACACUGGAGAGAAACCAUUCCAGUGCGCGGACUGCGGAAAAAGCUUCCGGUGUCUCAGCUUCCUGACCAAUCACCAGAAGACCCAUUCAGAUGGGAAACCGUUCAAAUGUACAGAAUGCGACAAGACUUUCCGGAAACGUCCCGACCUAGUCAAGCACUUGCGUGUCCACACAGGGGAGAAACCGUACAAAUGCAACAUCUGCGGGAAGAGUUUUUCGCAGGGGACGUAUUUGAAGAUUCAUCGGGAAUGCCACACUUCUCAGAGUCUUCACCGUUGCCCUCACUGCGAUAAAAGCUACCCAACGGCGUUCAAGUUGGCCAUCCACGUUCGAUACCACUUCAUGGAGCGCUCGUACCAGUGCCACCUGUGUGGAAAGAGCUUCAUCUACGCCAGUUUACUGAGAAGACACAUGGGCUACCACAUCAGUGAACGCCAGUUCCUCUGCGCCAUCUGUGGAAAGGCCUUUGUCUACUUGUUCGACCUGAAGAAGCAUCAGCGAAAUCACGAGAAGCCACGACCCCGGGUCUCCUGCACUGUGUGUAAUAAGACGUUUGCUGGAAACGAGAUGCUGCGCAGUCACAUGCGCAUUCACACGGGGGAACGGCCAUACCACUGCAAGGAGUGCGGGAAGUCCUUCUCCCAGAUAGGCAACAUGAAGAGACACCAGCGCGUGCACACCGGCGAACGACCUUUCACUUGCGAGGAGUGUGGGAAGACCUACAAGCAUUCGUCCCAUCUGAAAGACCACAUGUUGAGUCACACAGGGGAGAGACCCUGGCAAUGUGAACAGUGCGGAAAGAGCUUCAAAACUGCCGAACGACUGAAGAAACAUGAAGGGACCCAUUUGGGCGAACGAGCGGAACGCAGGAGGAGUUACGAUCAGACUCGAAGUCGCAAGAAACUUGAAACCAAAAACUGAUUUUCAGUUCGGAUAGCUUGGACUUUUUCACCCUCCCAUGUCCCAGUUACCUAAGUCCAGUAAGGAAAAAUAAGGCACGGUCACUUGAGGCAGGUCAAGUUGCAUCCACACAAAAGAGGACUCUCCCUGUGCUUGGUGCUGACAGAGAUAGUAAUGAAACAAAGUGUUGUGUAGUUGUAUUUAAUGUGAAUCUUUGUUCUCACUUCUCUAAUGUGAAAUGGCUGUAAACAAUAUGAAAUUCAUAGGAGGGUCAAGUGGCCAAUCAAAAUAUUCCUUACCCAUAAUCCUCAGCUUUACAGUUGUACGAUCAGUAUAUCAGUGGAACAUAGAUUUUGAGGUGAGAAUUGGAUUUGGUAUAUAGGGGCCUGUUUUCUGUAGUAUUUUUUUUUGCAGAAUAGAGCGUUUCAUGACUUUGACAUGAAUUUGAGAACACAUGAAGUUUGGUUUUGAAAACUAUAGUAAAAUAUGACGAUAAAAAC